AUGUCCUCCUCCAAAGACACCCACCUUUACCAACCUCGCUCCCACAACCUCUCCAACGGUAAACCGAUCAACACCUCCACCUCCCUCGCCUUCAGCAGCCAACUAUCCUCCCUCAUCUCCGCCCCAUCCACCACAAAAUCCAAACCCACCUCCUCCCGCCUGAAACCAACGAAAGACGACAUCUUCACCCGCCCCAACCGCAACACCGCCAAACGCGCGAAGCGCGACGCCGAAGACUCCCCGCACUUCGAGCAGAAGCACACCACCGAUGGCGAAGGACUGGAUAGCAAGAUCUGGGAGCGCAGCAAGCGGAAGAUGGAGGAGAAGGCGCGGUUGUAUGCGGCGAUGAGGCGAGGGGAUGUGGAGGACGCGGAGGGGAAGUUUGGGGUGGAUUUUGAUCGGAAGUGGGCUGAGGAGGGGGAGAAGGAGGACGAGGAGGUUGAGGAUGAGGACGAGGAUGAAGAAGGGGAGGGGCAGGAGGAGGUGGAAUAUACGGAUGAGUUUGGUCGGGUGCGGACGGGUACACGCGCGCAGGCUGAGCGGGUGCAGCGAGCAGUGCAGGCUCGUCCGCUUGCGCCGUCACAUAUUAUUCAUGGCGACACGAUUCAGCACUCGGCCUUCGACCCCGACGCGCCCAUAGCAGCGCAAAUGGCUGAGCUGGCGCGGAAACGGGACAAGAGCCUCACGCCCCCGCCGGACGAGCAUUUCGACGCUUCGAAGGAGGUUAGGAGUAAAGGCACAGGGUUCUAUCAGUUCUCAGAGGACGUGGAGGAGAGGAAGCGGCAGAUGGCGGGACUGGAGAGUGAGAGGAAGGAGACGGAGAGGAAGCGCGCAGAGCGGCAGGAGAAGCUGGAAGAGCGGAAGAGAUUGGUUGAGGAGAGGAGGAAGGAGGUGCAGGGACGGAGGGCGAAGAGGAAGGCGGAUGAGUUUUUGGAGGAGCUUGGGGCGGAGAUGGGGCAGAAAGGGGUUGAGGAGGAAGAGAGGGUGGAGGGUGAAACUGCGGCAGAAGGAGAUGAUGCUGGCUGA